AUGUAUCUGAGAAAUGGAGAGUCUGGAGAUGGAUUGAUACAUUUGAGAGGCACAAGGGUGUUGUAUGGAGUUGCUGCCUUGACACCAGUGCUAAAACUAUGGGACACACUGACUGGGGAUGAAUUGCAUUCCUUUGAACACAAAUAUUUGUCCGUGCUUGUGCCUUUUCAAAAUAGACUGAACGCACCACCAAGAGAAGUUGAAGAGUCUCCUGGCUUAGUACGAAGAGUAGCAUGGCUUCAUAAUGACCAGACUACACUAAGUUUGUGUACUGAUUGGUGGUGUAAGGUAUCCUAUUUAAGAGUCCUGUAG